AUGGCAUCCCAACCUCCACUUCUUGUCUUCUUAUCAACGCAAGCUAAGAGAGCUUCUUAUUUCUAUAGCAUCUUUGAGCAAAGGUUGUACAAGGCAAAAUUGCGUAACCUUAAUGGCAAAUCAUGUUUUGGGAUAACUCGUGGGUACUUGGUCAUGGAAGACAAUAAAAAAAGGGCAGAUUCUCAAAUUUGGCUUCUGAAUCCUUUUACAAGACAUGAACUCCAUUUCCCUAGCCCUCCCAAUCCUUAUUCUCGUCUGAUCCUUGCUUCUUUGGCUACGCCUUUGCAGGAGUUUGUAAUCAUAGCUUUCUGCAUAUGGUACCCAUCUCUACAGUUUUUUAGACUCAAAGAUCUCAGCUGGACUGUACAUGAUUAUAGUGAUAAAUUUAAUGGCUGUCGUGGGCCCUCUCCGUGGGCGAUUGUUGAUGGAGCUGUCUUAAUGGGUAAGUUAUACGUUUUAACUAGUUAUGCUGAAAUUGGGGUGCUAAAUCUGAAUUCUACGCCUUACGGAACCCUGCUGGAAGUUAAAAACACUGGAUAUUUGCACCGUGGGCUACAGUUACUGGCUUAUGAUGAGCAGCUUUUGAUGAUUUAUGGAUUGAUGAACGGAAUUGGAAUUAUGAAGGAAGAAUGUCAAGUUUAUGAGCUUAAUUUUAUGAAGAUGGAAUGGAUGAGGAUUCAGAACUUCACUGAUCAAGCAUUGUUUCUGGAUUAUGAUAUGGGCUCAAGAUUUAGCAACAUGACCAUAUGGGGGUGGAGCCAACAAUAUUCAAAUUGCAUAUACAAUGUUGGUAUUUGCUCCGCGAUACUAACUAUUGCAUGCAGUUUUGGUGUUGGGGUGUGA